AUGAGGCUGUGUGCCCUGCUGACCACACUGGCAGGUGCCCUCUUGGCGGUCCCUGGGCCUGUGGGUUGGCGGCUACCCGGCCUUACCCCUCGCUUCGAGCGUCCAGGGGAUGUGGUGCUGGGUGGCAGCUUCUGCAUCCUUCAUUUCUACAAUGCUGUUUCCCUGGAUUUCACAACACUGCCUGCAGGGCUGCCAUCCUCAAGUGUGUCCAGCUGGGGCUACCGGGUGGCCCAGAGCUUCGUCUUUGCUGUGGAGGAGAUCAACAAUAGCACUCACCUGCUGCCCAACCUGACGCUGGGCUUCUCCAUUCGCAACUCCGGGGACUCUGUGCAUGGGGCCAUGCACGAGACUAUGGCCUUCCUCACGGGGCAGGAGGAUCCCGUCCCCAACUACUCAUGCCACCGUGGUCCUCCCCAGGCUGCCAUGGUGGGGGACACACGUUCAGCCCUGUCUGUGGCCAUGGCCAGGCUCCUGGGGCUCUACAAGUUUCCCCAGGUCAGCUAUGCAUCCACUCUGCCCAGCCUCAGUGACAAGAACCAGUUCCCAUCCUUUCUGCGCACCCGAGCCAGUGACCUCACAACCUCCUACGCCAUGACCCAGUUGGUGCUGCACUUGGGAUGGUCCUGGGUGGGCAUUCUCGCCCAGGAUGAUGACUUUGGGCAGCAGGCUGGCAAUCUAGCCAGGGAGGAGCUGAGUCAGGCAGGUGUUUGCAUCGAGUUCCACCUACACAUCCCUUCCCGUCAAUCCCCUGAGAAGAUUGAUGCCAAUGUGCGGAAGAUGGAGAAGAGCACAGCCACGGGGGUCCUGGUCUUCCUGAGUAAUUCUAAUAUUCAGCUCAUCCUCCAUAGGCUGGUAGGCAACCGUGUCCUUGGCCAGGUCUGGGUCAGUGAGACCCUUGUGCACACAGUGAUCGCCCUGGCCACGCCUGGUGCCUCCUGGGUUUUGCAGGGUGCAUUUGGUCUUAAGCUACGCAGUAGCCAUGCACAUGGACUCUCAGAGUUCUUUGCCCACCUGCACCCCAGCCGGACCCCAGAGGACAUGUUCUUGAGGAGGUUUUGGGAAGCCACCUUUGGGUGCAGGUGGCCACAUAGUAAUGACACUGAACCAAGUGACAUGCAGCUCUGCUCAGGUAAUGAGACUCUGAGAGACCACGAGUACCCUUUCCAGGAAGUGAGUAGAUUGGAGGCCGCAUAUCCAGCUGUCUACAGCAUUGCCCAUGCCCUGCAGGACAUGGUGCUCUGUGAGAAUGAGAACAGGGAAUGUGGAGAUCCUGUACACUUCCAGCCUUGGCAGCUCCUCCACCCCCUCAGGAAAGUGAGCUUCCAGACCCCUGAUGGUACCCACAUCAUGUUCGAUGCCAAUGGAGAUUUGGUGACAAAAUUUGAUGUUCUCCAAGGGCAGUGGAGUCCAGAGGGCCAGUUCCACUUUGUUCACAUUGGAAAGAUGGAUCCUCAUCCAUCUUUGGAGAACAGAAUGAUGAUCCUCUUGAAGGACAGUAUCCAGGUAUGUCUGAUGAGUGCACGGAGAGACUCAGGCCUCAACCUUGGAGUGCCCAGCUCUGUCUGCAGCACCAGCUGUGAACCAGGAUCCAGCCAGAUCCCCCAACAGGGAGCCCCUCACUGCUGCUUUGAGUGCCAGCCCUGCCCAGAGGGACAGUUUGCAGACCAGAAAGACAUGAAGAGCUGCCUUCAGUGCCCUGAGGAGCAGUACUCAAGCCAGAGCAAAGACUACUGCCUUCCCAGGACAGAGACCUUCCUGGCCUUUGAUGAGCCCCUGGGCCUUGUGCUCACAGUAGUGUCACUGUCACUGGCCAGCUUGGCAUGCCUAGUCCUCGGGGUGUUCCUGUGGUUCCAGCAAACACCAGUGGUCAGGGCCAAUAACAGAGCCCUCAGCUAUGUGCUCCUGGUCUCCCUGACCCUCUGUGCCCUGAGUACCUUGCUAUUCCUUGGCCGUCCCUCACCUACCACUUGCCUCCUGCGCCAGAUCACCUUUGCUGUGGUGUUCACUGUGGCUGUGUCGUGUGUCCUGGCCAAGACCCUCACUGUGGUCCUGGCCUUCAGGGCCACUAAGCCAGGACAGAGAGUCCACAUGUGCCUAGGGCCCAGUGCCUCCUCCUUUGUGGUGCUGGUUGCCUCUCUAGUACAGAUCAUUCUCUGUGGGAUCUGGCUGGGUACCUCCCCACCAUUCCCACACAGAGACACAGCCUCAGAGCCUGGCCACCUUGUGCUCCAGUGUCACGAGGGUUCUGGCAUUGCUUUCUCCUGUGUGCUGGGUUACCUGGGCCUCCUGGCAAUAGGAACCUUCUCUGUGGCCUUCCUGGCCCGGGGCCUGCCAGAUACCUUCAACGAGACCAAGUUUCUCACUUUCAGCAUGCUGUUGUUCUGCAGCGUCUGGACAGCUUUCUUGCCCCUAUACUUCAGUGCACGGGGCAAGGCCACAGUAGCUGUGGAGGUCUUCUCCAUCCUGGCCUCUACUGCAGGGCUGCUGGGUGGCAUUUUCUUCCCCAAGUGCUACCUCAUCCUGCUGAAACCUGAAAGGAAUACUCCACCGAGUUUGAGAACUGGACCCUGGGCUCAAAGGGACUUGGGAAGGGGAGUCCCUCCAGGCCAUCCCCACAGCACCAUUUCAGCUAGGCCUCCCAGUCAGCAGCAGGAUCCUGGCUCUCAAUUCUUGGUUCCUGCGUUGACUACAUGA